AUAAUCUUCACCCACUCAGCUCGGCAAUGACAGACAAGGCACAAACCUAUCAUCACGCGGUCGAAGUGUAAUUCUCACUCCUCCAAAUGUCCCCACAAACUAUAUUUCAUUUCAAGUCUAGCUGCGGUUACACAUUUCAAUUUAAGGAUCAUUUUACAUUCUUCACUACAGCGGGUGACUGAAGAUGCUUUGCGUCAAAACUUGAGAGGAAAGCAAAGCACUCGGGAUAAUUGCCGAAUAAAGGAAUGAAAGACGUGACCUAUUCUGCUUUCAGUACAUCAAUCAAUAUUCAAAUGCGAAACAUCUAUAGAAUGUAUUUACAAGUGUAGCUAAAUCGGUAGUUCUAUUUAAAGCUCUGAUAUCUCGGUGCUAAAAUAUCAUUCAGGAGGAACAGUGUCUGUGUUCGUAUGGAAACGUAUAGUUCAAGAGAAGCGUUAGAUUCGGUGGAAAAAGACACAAUAGAGAAAGAUAAAAAGAUAAUAAAUGAAAGUCCAAAGAAAAAGUCGAUCGUUCUUCUCAGUAUCUUCCUUUGUGUGGUCGGAGCCGGAGCUCUGACGGCGACCACUGCGUUUCUCCUAACAAAACACGAUACAAGCAGUUCACAAUGCGAGCAAGCCAAAAAUCAACAGAACCAAAAGGCACGGAAACUUUACGAAAAGAUAAAACGCAAAUACAAUGAUCUUCAUCCGGACCCACUACUGGAAAAUGGCGACGGAGGUUUGACAAUACAACCAUCAUACUUAAACUUCACUCCUUCUUUAUAUAAAGCACGUACUCAAACAGCUAAAGAUUUGCUUAAGGAGUUAGAAACGUUAGAAAAAGGUUUAACAUUGUCUAAAGAGGAAAACAUGACGUUUGAGUUAUUCAGACGGUUUUUGAUGAACACGUUUGGGGCACCUUACGAGAACAAUUACGAAAUCGGAGAUUGGUUAUUAGGCCCAAAUAUAUAUUGUUGGCAAGAAAGUUGUGUUUUGCUGUCUUCAUUAAAUAUUGCCUUGAAAGCAAUCAAACCAAAAGCAGUUACAGAUAUCGAGCUGAUGGUUGAUUUCAUUAAGAAAUGCAGUGAAGGAUAUAAACAGAGGAUUGAGAAUCUAAAGAAUGGUAUUGCAGCUGGAAUUGUGUUGCCCGAUGUCGCAUGUCGCGCUGGAUUGCAGAAUUUUAAAAGAGUUCAUGUUCAUGUUGCCAAAAAUGGAGCACAAGGUGAGUUAUGAGGAAUGAAAUAAUUAUCUUGUUAUUCAAUUAGAAGCUGCUAAUUUUGGUGCUGAAACACAACAUAGAUUAAUCUAAAGAUUGUUGCUCGUAUGUAAACAACAAAAUCACUUUGACAUAUGGCGACUGUUCAUAUUUUUGAAAAAUUGUCUAUGACUAUGAUGCCUAGAUAGGCAGGUUUAAUUGAGUUAUCAUACAACAGACGAUGUUCAACCUGGAGUUUCGCUGAGUGACCCAUUAAUUUAAUCUCCUAGUUCUCUACUCUAGCCCAAUAUAAUUUGAAACACGUAUCAUUAAAAUAUGCGCAAGGGUAUACUUUUAUCUGUGUAUAGGCAUAUAAGGGCGCACAGGUAAUCCAUUUUUCUUGAGGCAAGUUUGGACGUUAUAUAGCUAUGUUAUAAUACCCUAUAAUUUAUUGAAAAGUAAUAUACUGAACCGAAUUACUUUUUAAUAGGAACCUUGCAGUGUCUGUGGUCAGAUAUGACCAUUUCCUUUACUUCCAACUGGGACGUUUUCAGCACGCGUGUUAUAUUUUAUGACUUAAACUUAUCCUCUCUUCAUGCAUAUCUUAGUGUAUAAAAAACGCGUUGACGGUAAACUUCAGACGCAAAAAUCGCUUAUACCCUCUCUCUCUCUCCCGGAUAAUUCUUAAAUCAGUCCAGCCGUUGAAUGAACACAUGGAAUUUUACUUCAAGCAUGAUUUUGUAAAAUUAAGCUAUAAGUCUACGUGCAUGUUUUUACCCUGACUAGAAUCUCCCUGCCGCCGAUGAAAAUCAUCAGUGUUGCUAAUUAGCCCUUAAUUGCAUUAUUCGCAUGUCAGAAAGUUUGGAAACGCUUUGGACAGAUUAUUGUUUGAGAUCAACCGCAGCAUACAGCGAUAAUACCAGGGCUGUUUGCAUGCUUGCAUGUGCGUUUCACGUGUCAUGUUUUCUACAGCCUUGUGUCAUGGUCAAUUUGUUCUCUAAAUCUUUCUCACACCCACUUUUAAACCAAUUUCCAGUCCCAAAUGUGAAAAACCUGAGCAGGUAUUUUAUCUAUGUGUUACUGUCUUUCAAACAUAACCAUACAUAACAUAACAUAACGGGACAAGCCUGUCGUGUGAGUAUAUCAAUAAAAUCAUUGACUCGAGGUUUCCCCGUUCCUGGAUCUGUCAUUAUCAGUCCCAAUAACCCUUUUUCCCAGUCCAAAAAUACGAAAUCCCUCAAUUAGUACUGAAAAUAUCGUUUCACAAAAUUUACUUACUGUCAGUGAAGGAAUAAACAGCAGUCCAUGUCCACAGCGCAGUCAGCUCAAAGGUGAAAGGUUCAGACAUUUUGACGCAAGUUGUGGAACGAGAACUCAACAGUUCAAUGGCCCCGAUGAUAUCCUCUCUGUCAAUUGACGUCGCAUUUCUAGAAAUAGAAAUAGUGUUAGCGCAUGAUGAGACACACAAACAAGACUGUUUAGGAUUUAAUUUACCGGGGGGAAAGGGGAAGUAAAACGGCGCCGACGGCUACCUUUUAUCUUGUUCAUUGAGUCUCCCGCUCAUUUAUGAGCGGAUUUAAAACAUGCAGCUUUCGAAACCUGUUAUAUAAUAACUACAGUGAAACACGCAAUUUGAGUGGUCAGUAGCCGUGCAGGAUCAGGCUAUCCUGCACGAGGAAUUAAAAUGCCUAUGCGGGAUUUUAGCGGGAUUCUCAAAAUGUCAUUGUUUCACUGUAGUUACUUUAUAAAACAAUUACCAAAUGGUUUUCCAAGCACGAUAGCGUGAUCCAUACACUUGGGAUGUUACUCGACGUUCGGAAAGGGUAAAAAUACACUCGCCUGCGGCUCGAGUAUUUUUACCCUUUCCGAAAGUCUCGCGACAUCCCUCGUGCAUGGAUCACGCAAUCCUGCACGGAAAACCAUUCGGUAUUCCUUUACUCUUUCCUUCUAGGUAUAUUUCAAGAAAGCGGUAUUGACGGAUUGUUAGAUUCAAGUAUUUUAGAAAGCAUUACGGAAGAGGAAAAGUUAAAAUGGAAUAACAAGUAUAAUGUUUCAAUCACGCAAUAUCUCAGGGAUUGUAUGGUGAACUAUGUUGGAAAGUCAUUGAGUGAUUUUCUAAGGUUGGUCGAACUAAAUGUUUCAAUGAAUUUUGCAACCUAAAAAUCAACCAAGUAAAACGCCUAACGCCAGACGACUUUACUCGUCAAGAGGAGAGCACAAUGGGUUUAUGGGUUAAUGUCUUUGCUUCAGUAGCUUAAAUUUUAAGCCUUAUUUGAACCAGUGUAUAAUCUUGGCCUUAGGUAUUUAGAAGACGAUUAUUCCACUCAUUGUCCUCCUAGUGACAUCUCUAGUGGUUUUGCUUCCCUUCCACUGCCUUACGUCUAUACCAAUGGUGUCCCAGACCUGAGCAAACCCACCACAGGACGUCUGCCUGGUGGGGAGAAAUUUAAUGGUAGUACUGCAUACCUCAUACUACUCUCACAUUUCACCACGUAUGAUAUCACUCCUCAAAAGGUCGAUAAACUUGCAGACGAGAAAUUGAAAGAGCUUUUUCCAAAGGUAUGGUAAGUUGUGGUAUAUUGUGGUAUAUGGUAAGAAUUGUGUAGUAUGGUAUGAUAUGGUGUGCUAUUAUAGUGUAUAAUAUGGUAUAUUGGUAUGGUGUGGUAUGGUAUGGUAUGGUAUGGUGUGGAAUGGAAUGGUGUGAUAUGGUAUGGUAUGGUAUGGUAUGGUAUGGUAUGGUGUGGUAUGGUAUGGUAUGGUAUGGUAUGGUGUGGUAUGGUAUGGUAUGGUGUGGUAUGGUGUGGUAUGGUAUGGUAUGGUGUGGUAUGGUAUGGUAUGGUAUGGUAUGGUAUGGUAUGGUAUGGUGUGGUAUGGUAUGGUGUGGAAUGGUAUGAAAUGGGAUGGUAGUUAUAUUAUCAUCAAUAUCUAUUGAACAGGUCGUAGAGAUCGCAAUAGCCAGGACGAAAGACAAAAAUGAAUCCAAAGCUAUCAAGAAAUUUCGCUCUCAACUUGAAAGUGAUGAUUUUUUCUACACAGUUGAAAAUGAGAAUUACUAUUCUGAACUAUAUAUGAAAUGUUACGACGAGAAAACAGCAAAGAUAUUUUGUCCUCAAAGAUGGAAGGCCAUGACUCGCUGGUUGCAAUCUGCAGAAGCGGUAGGUACAAACCUAAGGUGCUAAUAACCGGUGCUAUAAACAUUACCGCGUGAAGUAGAUGUGCAAAAAUGUGCAAAUAGGUUGCAGCGUUAGGGUCGUGUUUUAAUAACUUUAACUUUAAAUAGGGACUGUGUUCUAAUAUCUUAAAUUUUGUAAAUUUUGAGGGCCACAAGUUUAUCAGUUUCUUACUGUCACGUGUUUACCCUCAGUAAAUAAAGCCUUUCACUUCACUUCACUAGAUGAACCAGCAGUACUAGGACUGUUCGUAAGCGUUACAGGUAGCAGAUGGGAUCAGAAAUGUUGACAUUUUUUACUUGCAAGAGCAAGAAAGUUUCAGCACAAGAAAGUUGCACUCAAUUGUCAGAGCAGGCGCCUUUCACCUCUGAGAUCGUGGGUUUGAUUCUCGCUACGGACUCAUGCAUGACACUUAUGUCGGAAAAGAGUCAGUCAACGCUCUACUUCGAGUCGUGGGUUUUCUUCGGGUACUCGGGUUUCCUCCCACAGGGAAUGUUAACAGGGUGGGUUGGGAUUAUCCCCCUAACUCAUCCUUCCACCGUAGCUAUGCUCCGUGAUCAGACAUGAGUCAUAAGGUGGCUGCCAAAGGCGCACUUAGAAAUCCUUCAACUUCGUCAGGUUGAGCUGCGUCCUUCGUAAUUCAGCUGUAUGUAAGGAUGAUUAGCACACCCCACUUAUUUACUUACUUAAUUUCACAUAUCUCUAUAAAAGGCUGGUUUACACUAUCAAAGUUUCUGUGAUCACAGUAGGAAUUUUGCAUUGGUAAAUUCUAACGCCCGUAUUCUAAAAGCUCACUCACACUCAAUGAGUGGAGGUUAAAUCUGAGCUUCUCCCGAGUCCCAUGGCUGUUUUUGAAUAGCUAGAGGGCCAGUGUCAUACCUUACUAUGUGAUUACUCACUCUACAGCUAUUUAAAAACAGCAUUGACACUCAAGAGAAGCUCAUAUUGAACCUACACUCAUUGAGCGUGAAUGUCAGUGAGCUUUUAGAAUACGGGCGUAAGUUUUGAAGGAUUUGUAAGAAAUGUUUGAGAGAACUCGUGACCAAGUGUAAAAAACUCCCGUAUGUAAAAUUCCUACUGUGAUCACAGAAACUUUGAUAGUGUAAACCAGCCCUAGCAUAUAAUUUUACCUCUCUUUUAAUUCUAUUAUUUAGAACGUAAAUCGACUACAGAAAAAGGUUCAGUUGGCAUUCUACGUGAAAGGAGACAAACGAAUCCUGCCCGUGUGUAAAGUAAAUGUUGGAUUUGACUUUAGUCCCGCCAACCCUUAUCACAGUUAUAGCGAAGGCAACGUUAAUUGUAGGCAGCUGGCACAGAUACAUAUACCGUUCUUUCUAGAGAGACCUGGACCCAAGUAUGAAGAGAUUACAGUCAUGGCACAUGAAUCUUAUCCAGGGCAUCAUCUUGAAGUGAGUUGAACAAAAUACUUAGGGACGCCGGAACGAUGUGAAGGCAGGGGGGGGGGCAGAUUUUCGUGAAAGGGCACUUUUGAAUUGACAUAUACUAAGAGAUGUUUACAAAACAUCGGGAGUUGAACUUCGCCUAAUCAUGUUUUCUAUUUAUUGGAUGAUAGGGGUGUGAGGGGUUCUCCGCCAGACGAUUGUGCUAUUCUUGAAGCUCCAUGACUGCAUUUCUUGCAUUUUCUGAAGCAAAUUCGUAAAAGAAUUGCACUAACAUUUCUGACAAUUCGCUAUUUCGACAAGGCAAUCCUUUAAAUUGAAUGGACACCUUUGCCCCCCCCCCUUGCCCCUCCUGGUAAAGAGCAACAGGGGCGGCUGCCCCUCCUGCCCCCAGUUCCGGCGUCCCUGAAAAUACUUUUACAGUGCAAGAGUAUAUCGUAUAUUCACAAAAGCAUUUUCAAAUAAGAUUCUAGACGGCAAGCACACGAUAAAUUCAAUUAACCCCGACCUCUUCCUCAGCAAAACUGCAAAAGUCUUUUAUCUAAAGGUCUCUCCAACACAGAGAGAGUGUUUAUAGGUAUUUUAACCACAGAAAGACAACAUACAUCACAAUGUCUCCAUAAAUUCCUGAAAUUUUGCUGGAAAAAUUUGGUUAAAUUAUGGUUUAGGUCAAAGCCCAAAGGAAAUUCUGUCCCCAGUUCCGCUCUUUAUAUUCACAGUUUCACUGCAAGGUAAGUCCAUGGCCAGGGGAGAAUUGUUGACAGAAUUACACAAAAUCUUUAUCAGAUACAUGCUAGAAAACUAGGUUUAUCUAACUGGAAAAAUAAUCCAAUAUCCUCUGAUUUUUAAAUAUCUUUGUGCUUGUUUGCAGGUCCAAGGAGUGAAAGAACACUUUCCGACUAACUGUGAUAAGUUACGAGAGUGGGUAUUAGGGAAGAAUUAUUUUGCAGCAUUCAGCGAAGGAUGGGCUACGUAUAUCGAAAAAGAUGUCGUUGACCUCGAUAUGAAACUUUACAGUGAGAAUGAUAUCCAGAUAUAUGGCAUGCUCAAGCAUCAGGUACUGACUGCAAUAUAUAUGAGUGAAGUAACUGGACUGUAUUUUAUGAUUACGAAUAACGUACAAUUACAUAUAAUACGAUAAACCAUGAUAAACCUUUUAGAGAAGAUGAGAAUUAUACAGUUGACUAUAUGGGCUCUUGGUUAGUGACACAAUGGUUAUAGUACUCUGCCAUCUAUGGCUAAAUUCCUAAAAGAUGAAGUUUUCUUUUAUUUCAUCUCUGUUGAAUGUGAAAAUGUGUUUCGAGUUUGAAUCUACCAAACACAGCAGGGUCCUGGAUCAAUAAGGAUGAUCCUUGCUGGACCUCGAGGGAGAACAGUUUAGAACUGCUAUAUUCAGUAUAAAUAAAGUUAGUUUAGUUUCCCUCCUGUAGUAACACUGGAAGUUUUCUACUAGACCUCUAGAGAGAACAGUUUAGAACUGAUAGAGCUAUCCUCGUUCAGUACUAGUUAUAACAGCAGGGAGCCAAACACGCCUUUUAGCCAAGAGAUAGAAAGAACUAACAUAACUGACAUAUAAACAACAUUCAAUUAACAGAUUCUCGCUGCACUACGAGCAAAGGUCGAUGUUGGUGUACACUAUCUGGGCAUGAAACGCCGGGAGGCAGUCUCCUUAUACGAGAAAUAUGCCCUGGAUAUAAGUGACGGUAUCCAGAAAGAAAUCACGCGGUUACAAAGUGGUCCUGGGCAAGGCUCUGCCUAUAUGGUUGGAGAGACAAAAUUUUCUGAGUAUAGAAUGAAAACUCAGGCCAAACUUGGAAAGAAAUUUGACAUACGUGAUUUUCAUUAUGAAAUAUUGAGAAAUGGGGAACUGCCAAUGCUUUAUUUAGGAAAACAGAUUGACGAGUAUAUAGAGAAAAAGUUGAAUGAGGAUUAAACGGGAGUUCUAAACAUGACUGGGAUUGGCAACAAGCUCCCAGUGUAUGAAGUAGUUUGGUGGAUCUGAAAGUCUCUAGCCCAGAGCUUUAACAAUGUCUGUUUUCCUCAAUAAAUAUCCACACUUGAAAAUUAUCUUAAGUUUAUUACGAUGCAUCCAAUUCUGUCUGUGCCUCCUCACAUUUAAGAUGAGUUAAUUAAUGAUUUACAGUAGAAUUACAUGCCUUUAAAAAAUAACAACUAUACUUGCUCGUAGCUAUUGACACCAGACAAACGAUUAUCACCAAAUAUAUAUAUAUAUGUUAAAAUAUUUCCACAUAAUAUGCAAUAUACCUUUCGUAAAAUAGCUAUUUCUAAUAUUAUGGAGUUUUCUAAUGGACCUUUAACCUUGUAACUAAAAUUUUGAUCUAGACAAAAAUUUCAUCACAGCUUGAAAGAGCAUCACAAAAUUAGUAAUAUUCCAAAGUUUCGUUACGAAAUGUUGUAACAUGCGGAUAAUAUAGCCCUGCGAAGUUUGCAAUUUUCAGUCAUUUUAGAUUACAAACGGGAAAUUGAGACCCAAAUCGGGUGUUUGGGUUUCCCGUUUGUAAUCUAAAAUGACUGAAAAUUGCAAACUUCGCAAGGCUAUAUUAUCCGCAUUUUACAACAUUUCGCAACGAAACUUCGGAAUAUUACUAAUUUUGUGAUGCUCUUUCAAGCUGUGAUGAAAUUUUUGUCUAGACUUGUCUAGAUCAAAAUUUUAGUUAUAAUGUUAAAGGUCCAUUCACUUGAUAUAUUUUCUUCUAUUUCUUAAUGAGCCGGUUUCCUUUCUUAAUAAUCUGUAGGUAUGGUAAAAUAUAUGUAUCAAAAUAUCACUAUACUUCUACUUGGUAGAUUUAACUGGAGAAAAACUGGAGUUCUUGAAGUCUGGAAAUUACGAAAAUCUAGAAAUGCAUUGUUUCUCAUAUAUUAGAGAAGUAAUUAUAUACGAUAACGCACAAAAGUUUACUAAAAAUAGUAAUUUCCAUCUUUAUCUUACCCAUGUGUACGUUAGAAACGCACGUGCACACAAAAUAAUUUAGUUUAAAAAAGUUUAAUAACUCGAAAUAUCGUUACUGCCUGGGAUUACUAAGAGUGCCACGCCCACUUUGGUGCAGGCUGAUCUCUAUUGAAAUCUUUCAAUUUUAGCACAUUGCAAACUCAUCCUGUUAAUUUGAUACAAAACGUAAAUUAUCCAAGCCACGUGCCUUGCAAUGUGUGUUCUACAGCUCAUAAAUAGUCUCUGUAGCUGCCACGAGCUGCCUGACUAACCGAAAGUAAUUAGUUGUUAAUAUUUUCACACGAGUGAGCACAAGAAAUCAAAGACCUGAAUGCAAAACACAGCAAUACAAAAGAGAUAGCAAACACAAUUCCUAAGACCAAAAUGACCCGACCAUGUAUAUUUUCUUAACAAAUUAUAUUCCGCGGUCGUGUACUAUACGAUAGCUACGAUGCACGAUUGAAAUAAUAACACAAUUCCCUUUGUAAAGUGGGUCGUUAGCUUGGAAAGCAAGUGAACCUAUAGACUUUCGUCCAAGUCUUUAAGACUGGGUUAUUGAGGCAUUAAAUCCAAACAACUAAACAUGUGGAACAGUAGCUUUGUAGAAAUGUAUUUGUUUGUCUAUAUCCCACAGAGAGCUGUGGUUCUAGGCGUGUCAAACAAGGAGUAAUUAGGUUUUAUCUACGUAGAUAAGCAGGAUAGCCUUGUUUAUUCCACUUUUGCCCCAAUGGCCUCGUUUUCAUGUUUGCCUAUUUUAACAUUACAAGCGUAUACAUGAAGGUUGUAUUCCCAUGUUUUGUGCACGUGAAUAUGUUUCUCUUUGACCUUGAGCCCAAUCACAAACCUAUCCUUAAUUCUCUUGUGCAGGAGUGAGGAAAUAACAACACGAGAACGAGGCCAUUGGGGCAUUACAGCCCAUUAAGGUGAUAUAAAGAUUACAGUCCCCUGCAAAGUUGAAAUAAACUAUCAGUAUGAAAAUAACUCCAUGGGUCUGAGUGAGAGAAAUAGAUUUGAUAAAUGAAAACAAUUGGAUAAAUAGCAACAAUCGAGUGGUUAAUGUGCAACACGCGACGAAAGAAAAGUUGUUAAUCAUUUCUUAUUGAGGAAUGCAGACAAUCUCCUAGCUCGCUCUGUCUCUCAGCAGCUGGGGAACUUCCAUGUAAUCAAGCUAACAAUAAGCAAUAACGAUGUCGCGAGCCACGAAUCAAUUUCUUAAAUAGAGUAAUAAGAGAAGACUAGAACGCCACGCGACCCUAUUCAAUAUAGAACACUGGGGGGUAAUACUCAAUCAUAACCAAGGUUUGCCGAAAGUAUUAUGGUCUCUAUACAACUCUUUAUUUAUAUCAUCCUCACCCGUGUGUUUGUUUGUAUUACUCCUUAUCUUAUGGAUAUGAGGAUUUAGAUUUAUUAACACAACACAAUGGAAACCGUCCAAGUUUAUUCAUAGCUCGUGCAGAUUGUUCAACAAAAUAUCUAUGUAUGAGGUUGCCAACAUAUCUAUAAAUGAGAUUCGACGACAUUUCCUGCAGCAAUACAACCUUCACCAAUGUAAAAUAAAUUCUUCAUUCUCUUCACUUAAUCAUUAAGAUAUUUUUACUUAUAUAAUGCAUGGCAAGACAAAGCUAUUAUGACUCUAUAGUUGCAAAAUAGUUACGACCUUCUGACAAUUUUUAGAACUCGUUUAAAGUAGGCUAUCACUAUAGCUAUUAGUUUGUUCUUUAUUAAUGUAUUCUUGUGAUUUUUAUGUAUGUAUCUAUAUUUUCCAAAACUGG